UUUUUUUUUUUCCUUUUUCUUUUUCUCCUUUCUUUUCUUUUUUUUAAUAUUGGUAACCAUGCCACCUAAUACUUUAGUUCAUCCUCAUUCAGAUCAAGUUGACUUUGGUCAUGAUUCUUGGAUACAAGAUAUUAUUAAUGAUACUCCUUAUAUUGAUAUUGAAGUGACCUCACCUGAACUCUUUGAAGGUGCUUGGAAAGUCGUUAGUUUUGUCUUUCCUUCUUGGAAAAAGGAUAACCUCAAAUUUACCCAAUGUAAAGAUGGUAUUACUAACCAAUUGGUUAGAGUGACAGAUACUGGUUCCAAAGAAUCAGUUCUUGUUCGUGCUUAUGGAAAAGGAUCUGAACGUAUUAUAGAUAGACGACAAGAAAUCAUUAAUAUCAUUACUUUAUCUCGUCAAGGCUUGGCACCUCCAUUAUAUGCAAGAUUUCGGAAUGGAUUGAUUUAUGGUUUUAUCGAAGGAAGAGUAUCACAUGUAGAUGACCUUGGACAUCCCAAAAUGGCGAAAUGGAUUGCAACUCGAUUGGCUCAAUGGCAUAAAGUCGAAUUACCUCAACCUACUGAAGAUCAUCUUCAUCAUAAGACAAAACAUCAACCAGAUCAAAAAUUAUGGAAAACUAUGCGUGGUUGGCUUGAUCAAGUACCCGAUAAAUACGAUGAUCCUAAAACACAAGCAACUUUUGCUAAUCGAUUUGAUAUGAAACACAUUAAAACUGAGAUGGAAGAAUUAAUCAAUCACUUGGAAAAAUUGGAAUCACCUAUUGUAUUUUCUCAUAAUGAUUUAUUAUAUGGGAAUAUCAUCUUCGAUGACGAUAAAGAGGAAGCUUAUUUUAUUGAUUACGAAUAUGGAUGCUAUGCUUAUCGUGGAUUUGAUAUUGGAAAUCAUUUUAAUGAACAUUGUGGUUUUGAAUGUGAUUAUUCAAAAUAUCCUAGUAAGAAUUUCCAAUUAGAAUGGCUCGAAUGGUAUUUACAAGCUAUUAAUGAUGAUGUGACACCAACAAAAGAACAAAUUAAUAAAUUAUACAAUGAAGUCAACGGAUUCUCUCUAGCAUCUCAUUUUUAUUGGGGUUUAUGGGCCAUGAUUCAAGCUAUGGUAUCUGACAUUGAUUUUGACUAUAUGGAAUAUGCUGUCCUUCGUUUUGAUGAAUAUGAAAAGAGAAAGGAACAAGUUUUGAACUACCUUUCCAUCUAGUUUUAUAUAUAUAUUGUAGUUUAUAUCUUUUUAUAUCCCCCCCUUCUUUUGAUCUUUAGUUUAAUAUACAUUCUUUUUUUUUUUUGAU